GUCCGAAUCGGCCCUUCCCUUCGUACCCUACUGCGGCCUUCGAUCGCAGCACGUAAAUUUCCGAUAACCGCGAUCAGUCAGUCCAUGGUCGGCGGCCAAAGCGUCUGCAGCAGCAGCAGCAGCAGAAAUUCUGUGCCGAGCGUGAAGGAGUCGGAGCUCGGAUGAGGAAGGCUCAUCGAGGUGCCCGGAGAGGAAGGAAGAAUUUGCAGGAAUGGAUCAUGGCUGACGUUUUAGGUGCGGGACGAUUAGCGAAUUCGGCGCACGGCACUGGCACUGGCACGCGACGACGCUUUCUUUAUUUUACGUCUGGGGCGAGGGCGAGGGCGCGAGCUUUUGGGUGUUCGUGUAUGGACGACGGAAUAUACCAAAAGUCGGAUCUGUAAGCUGGAAAGGAAACGAAGGCUCACGAAAGGCGCGGGGCGGGGCGGGGCGGGGCGGCGAGCGACGGCAAGCAGUCGUGUCUCGUCUGGGCCGAGGAUCACAUCACGAGGCCUGCCGCUGCAAGGUCCACCCACAGCUGGAGCAAGUAUAUUUCCAGACACAUGCGCCCGGCCGGAGUCCAGAAAGUUCACGGCUGUUGGGAUUUGACAAGCGCCUUUUCGCCCCUUGUCCGAAGACUCGACCAGUCUCUCACUCACUCGCUCACUCUCUCAUUCAUUCCCUCAUUCCCUCAUUCACUCAUUCAUUCAUUCGCUGCCUCCUUCCUUCGGGCGGAUUCGCUGAAUGCAUGUCUGUCGCCCUUCUGCUGCUGAGGUUUGCGACGAGGUUUUCGCUCGGAGUCCAUGACGCGAGGCUCGAGUGGGAGUGGCAGCGAUAGCCGGAGCUAGGGGCGAGAGGCAGUGGGAGAGGGCGUAGAUGCUCGGGAGUGGUAGCGGACAAUGACGAACCAGGACGGGCGGGAGCGGGACGCGAAGAGUCGACAGGUUAGCGAGGAGGCGGACGAGAUGGAGUUCGGACGGUCUCCUCUGCCGGAGGAGCUGGUGGAGAAGAUCAUGUCGAUGCUGCCGUUUCCUGCGAUUAUCAAAGCCAGGGUUCUGUCCAAAGGGUGGUACGCGAAGUUCGAGCAGAACGAGGAGUUGGGGCAAUCGGCAUUCCAGAGAAUGGUUCUGCAGCGGUCCAGUAGUUGGGAGCCUUUUUGUCCCGCUUUUCUCAAGAAGGAUACCUCGGAAUUGAUCGCCUACAAUCGCACUUCCAACAGCUGGCGCAAGAUGCUGUCACUCGCCUACCUGCCUGGCGAUUUCGUUCGGCAGGAUAUCAUCGUCGAAGGGAGUUUGAUAUGUGGAACUGUGGUUCCUGAGAGCAGCGCACGGACCCUCGAUCACAACCUGUACGUGACGAAUGUGUUGACCAAGGCUUACAGGGUUUUGCCCUUAAGGCCGAAUAUGACGUACGUGGGCUGCAAGCACCUGCUGCAUCGAGGUGCGGAUGGAUACAUCGUGGUGGUCUUCAGCCUCGAUCCGCACUUAAUGGAGAGCGGGCAGUAUACUUUCGAUGCGCAGGUCUACAACUCCAAGAUUCAUGCCUGGAGGACGACCAAGGUGACGAUAGAAAAUGACUUCUACCUGAGCCCUCAAUGCAGUGCUUACCUGAAGGAUACUCUGUACAUCAUGUCCAGGCAUGCUCUGGGAGUGCUAACUUCGGGGCAAAUUGGCAUGCUCGCCUUGAAUGUCGAGGACAUGACUUGGGAAAGGUGUACACUUUCGUUCCCGUCCCUGAACAGGCCUUGUACAUCGGUCACGUUGGUGUUGUGUGGAGGCCAAAUAUUGGUGGUCCUGUCGUUGGAUGUGGAGCCUCGCCCACCGUGGAUGAACCUCUGUGACGAGCCCUAUCAGUUCAGAAUCGUUUACAGCAACACUCAGCAGAGCUUGGUCUUGAUGAAGGUGAAUCUCAAAACUCGCCAGCUUUCUAUUGUGACGCAAGGACCUCCAGAGGCUCUGUGCACCGGAGCGGUGCACAACAAUCCUGUCACAGACGGCACCUAUAUCUACUUCGGUGCUAAGAGCAGCAGCUCGGUGGUCGCAUACAAUGUCGAGAAAGACGAGUGGAGCAAGAUUCCCUCUCUCUGUCGAGCUGCGGGCAUCAGUCGAGGGUUCCAGUGGAGCGCUUUUCCCUUUCGACCCGGUUUGAAUUCUUUUCUGCAGGUUUGACGAACCUCCGUUGGGUCGAAAGUGCCCACAAUUUACUCCAACACAGGCGCAAGUUGUUUCACCCCGUGCGGGGUCUGUUCACCGGUCCAAGUAUAUUUUGUUGGUCUCGUGCAUUCGGCAUGGCUCCUUUGGCGGAUCGUGAUCUCAUGGCAUGUGCCGAGUCUGAUCGACAAAUUUUGUAAUCUCUAUGUACAGUCUACACUAGCAAAUGAAAUUUUGAUUAACUAGGUUAGAGCUAGACGGGGGCAAAGAAGGGGCCUGAUGAAGGCCCCAUUAUAGCUGAUGUCCUCUGCGGGUAUCACACAUAUCCGUAUAUAUAUAUACAUAUUUAUAUUUAUUCAUUUGGAGCGCGAUAGACCGCUAGAUCUAUCAUUGUGCAGGGUUGUUGUAGAAAUCGUUGUUCAGUGCAUGUUACAGAAACUGCUGUGAGUGGUACAUAUUAGUUUAUGUAAUGGCGUACACAUGAAAGUUACAUUGUUUCCAUCAGGGCGUAGGAUUCUGUAGCAUUUCCAAGAUCUAUGUUUCCUGCAUGUACUCCCCGAAUGAAAAUAAUAAAGUUGUUAGCUUUCUUUGACCGG